AUGAUCGAGGCGAAAACUAGACACGUUGACUGGUCAGAUAUCGACGAAGACACAUUUGCUCGGUUAUGUGAAUUUGGUUACUUCCGAAACUACACACCCCCGAUUUCUCGCUUGAUCGAUGGAAGGUCCCCUUUCACAAAGGUCACAGAGACCGCAAAGGAGAAGAAGAAACGCAAAAAGAACCGUUUGCAUUCGGACUGGAACGACUCUUUGAUGGAGCCUACACCUGAGCCUGGGCCGGAAGCCGAGCCGGAGGCGCCUCCGCCUGAUGACGCCUGCGACGAUCAGGAGGUUCCAUAUAAAGAGAGAAGCGUGUGGACCGGGCAGUUACGCGAUGUAUUUGAACGGAGCCUAGUCGUUCCUAGUCCGCCAAUUACCGACUUGGACUAUACCUUCAUGCCACCCAAAAAUGCUGGGUCCUGGGAAGACUUCUCCCCUGUGUUUCUGGAACAAGCUCGACUAUACGUGCUGGCCGACAAAUAUUGUAUCGAGUCCUUGUGCCAAUUGGUACUUUUUAAAUUGCAUCAAACAUUAAUAAACUUCAAACUUUAUGAUACGGGAUUGAGUGGCAUUAUUGAACUUGUUCGAUUUGUCUACACGAACACACCACCAAAUUACGGUGAAAAGAUUGAUGCCAUGAGGAAUCUUGUGACACGUUACGUUGUUUCUAUUCUUGGUCAAAUUGGUGAGAAUGAAUGUUUUCAAGAACUUUUAGAAGAAGGCGGUCCUUUCGUCACUGAUUUCUGGCACAUCAUUUGGGGUAUCAAAAAGAAUUCUAGCGCAUGA